UCCGCCGCCUCAGCCUCCGCCGCCGCCGCCGCCGCCGCCUUCCCCGCACCAUGGAGUUCUCUGAGAGGAAAAGAAGCAGGAAAUCCCAGAGCUUCAAACUGGUGAGCCGAGAUUAUCACCAUGAGGUUUAUAAAGUCUCAGAAUUCAGCAACGAUGUUAACGGGGAGGCCAAAGAGACGCAACCCAUUUUUUUAGGAGAUGAAAGCAUGGAAAUUAAAAAACAAAUUACAGGAAUGAGAAGAUUACUGAAUGACAGUACUGGGAGGAUAUACCAGCGUGUUGGCAAAGAAGGAGAAAAAUUAAAAGAAGAGCCCCAGGACUUGGACUUAGUGUGGCCUCAGCGUUUGAACUCCUCUGCGGAGGCCCCGCAAAGCCUCCACCCUUCUUCACGCAGUGCAUGGAAUGAGCUACCACCCCAAAGCGGGCAGUUCUCAGGGCAGUAUGGCACUCGUUCUAGAACCUUCCAGAGUCAGCCCCACACUGCUAUGAGCUCCAAUGGAGAACUUCCAGUGGUGAAUUCAUCAGUUGGAUCGAACUGCUGUACUUGUAACUGCCAGUCAACGUUGCAGGCCAUUCUCCAGGAACUCAAGACCAUGAGGAAACUGAUGCAGAUUCAAGCAGUUGGAACACAAAACAGACAACAACCCCCAAUUUCCCUUAUAUGCUCCCAGCGAACUGGUGUCUCCCGCAAGAGAACUAAAAAGAAAAAAGUGCCCCCCAAGACUGUUGAACCUCUCACUGUGAAACAGAAGCCCAGCGUGUUAGAAAUUGAGAAGACGAUGACAGCAGUGGCGUCUGAGCAGGCGGGGCUCCAAGCCACUGAGCACACCUCCACCGGGGAGAAUCGGGUCCUGGGAUUCGGCAUUGUUCUCGAAUCGCCUGCCUCAGAUCCAGAAGUGCAACUUGCUGAAGGCUUUGAUGUGUUUAUGCCUAAAUCUCAGCUGGACUCUAUAUUGUCAAACUACACUCGCUCAGGAAGCCUUCUGUUUAGAAAACUGGUGUGUGCAUUUUUUGAUGACAAGACUUUGGCUAACUCCUUACCCAAUGGGAAGAGGAAAAGAGGACUCAAUGACAACCGGAAAGGACUAGACCAAAAUAUUGUGGGUGCAAUAAAAGUCUUCACAGAAAAGUACUGUACUGCUAACCAUGUGGAUAAACUUCCUGGCCCAAGAGACUGGGUACAGAUUCUACAGGAUCAAAUUAAACUGGCCAGAAGAAGAUUAAAAAGAGGCUCAGCAGAGGUGGCUGACGGUGAUGAAAGGCUGGACAGCAUUUCUCUACCACCAACAGGUAAUUCAUAUGAAAGUACUUCAGAAAGUUCAUGGAAAAUGGAAUUAGAAGGUAAUGUAUUUGACACCAGGAGAGAAAACUCGGAGGACACAGAUCCAGGUUUCAUUGGCUAGACUCUCAUUUAGCACAGGUCACUCCUCUGUUUGAAUUUCCUCAGAGAUCCACGUAGCAUUUCAGGUUCUGCAAAGUGUGGGCGUUCUGUGACCGUCCGAAUAGUUCCUUCAUGUCCGAAUACCUUCAUAGACUUUUCCUUUGCACCUGUGAUAAUGAAGCCUCCAGCCUGGCAUAAGGUUUCUAUAAAUCCUUUUUAGGGCUGAUUUGCUCCCCUGUAGAAAUCCAGCAUUUGGUCCAUUGUCUAUUAUGAAAAAGCCCUCCUCUUUUCCCUGUUUUUAUCCAGUGUGAAUACAGAGUUUUGAAGCAUAUUUAUUUAAUGUAAAUUGCUUAGAUGCAAUAUAAUGGAGAAUGGCUCUUUCUGAAAUUAAUUAGACCAUCAGCUUCCAAGAAGGAGGAGUUGUUUUGGGAGACAGGAAAGCUCUGACCCAUUAGAGGAAAUCAUUUAGGAUGUCAGCACACCCCAGAAUAAGCAUUCGUAAUUGAGUAAGUGCGAAUGGUACAUGAACUCCUAGGAAACAAAAACCUUUCACAGAACCUGUGUCAACACAGUGACAAAAUAACUCACUAGAAGAGAAAUUCAGAGUAGUCAUUAUCUACAUGGUACCUAAAGACUGUCUGAGCAGAUAGUCUUAACCAAGUGGCUCAGGGCUUUGGCAUUGUGUGGUGACCAGCCACAAAUUAUGUACUCAACAUGUAGUUCAUUUGCUCUCUAGUACACCUGCCCUCCACUUUAUAUAAAGCCAACCUGUGAAAAUCUGGAUUUAUUUUAAAGACCUAUCUUGCCACAGGGGUAUUUUGUUUUUUAGAAAUAUUUGCUUCCAGAUUUCUUUCUCUAAUAAAAUGGUGAAUUUAAAAUACCACUUUUAUUUAGAAACACUGUGUUUAUACCUCAUUUACUGUAUAAAGCAAAUUGCCUUGAAUCUCUGGCACUUAACCUAAAGGUCAAAAAUCAGCAAGAAUGAAGCUGGGACUGUAGACCCACCAAACGCCAGGGUUAGAAGCUGCUGUGCUGGCCAUUAGCCCUUCUCCCCCAGACUUGCUCGCUCACGGGAACUGCACAGGCUGUUGAAUCCCACCCCGUGCUCUGCUGUGGAGGAGCCUGAGGAGGGUGAGAGCAUGUGGCAGCCCAGGGCCGGGGAACUGGAUUUUCUUAGCACCCUGUCUGUGGUCCUUGCGUCACAUCACACUGAAACACUAAACCUGGGGCCAGGGGUCUGGGGAGUGAUCUGGGGCAACUCACUCUUCCACUGAAGACCCGCCAGUGAACACAAGAUGAUACGAGGCAUGCCUGUCUUAUGACAAAUGGCUGAUCUUAACUGUAGCUUUGUGCAGUCCAUCCACCUACUAGACAGUUCCAUUUCAUACCUGUGCAUCUCUUAACUUCCCUCCGGAUGCUACAAGGAAGGUUCAGAGCUCUUCCCGACCUGUCUUUGGGCAUGCCUCCUUCUCCCCUGUGUCAUCCAGUGCUGUGAUGGAGUUCUGCACACCAGGGCUCUUGUUUUGCUGCAGCUAUGUCUUUAAAAAUUGUCCUCUGCCUCCCAGAAUGAAAUACUUCUCAAGGGAACAGAAAGGAUGAACGAGUGACCUUUCACUCUGAUAACUCUGAUGACCAUGUGGCUAGUCGAGGCAGAAGCACUGACCUGUGGCUGUGGGUGGGUGAAUACGUAGCAUGAGCCUGCGAGGGCCCGUCCUUCCAAGACGGAGACAGCCGGGAGCUCCCAGUGCUUGGGGAAGGGUGGGAAUCCAUCACCUCACAAAUAUGCGCAGUGGAUUUACAAAUUGGAAACACAUAUCAAAACUGUAACAGCAAAAUCAUAUUUUGUAAAUUAAAAUUGUAUUUGUGUUUACUUACUGUGACUACUGUUCAGACUUUAUUCAGAAAUCCUUUUUAUAGGCUUUCGUAGCAAAAAAAUUCCAUGUCUAUGGGUAAUGUCUCAAUCUUCUGUAUAUAUGUUUUAUUAAUAUGUAAAUAUUUAGAUUUUUUAAAAUUACUAUGUUCUUUUAAAAAAAAAAAGAAUUCAGCGCAAGGCUAGCUGUGAAAAUGGUGUAUAACAUUGUGUUGUGAUAUCAACUCCCGAGAUGCUCUUUAUGUCCGUUCUGGAAGAGUACAAUAAAUUACUUUAAUU